AGCAACACAAAGAUCUGCAUCUCAGCCUCUAUAUCUAUCCACACAUCCACACCCUUCUGCCUCAAUCCUCGUCACACACAAAACACAACACUCGCACAUGUUGUGGACCAAAUUCAGAUCCAUCACCCACAAAACCAGUUAAUUAUUGAUUUUGUGUUCGUGUUGGAUUCGGUUUCACCAAUUUCUCCAAGAGAGCCCGUGAAGGGUUUGUGAUGUACCAUAAGCUGUUCAAGCUUUUCUUUUUCGGCGGCGAGAAGGUUGAAGAGACUCAGUGGGAGAAGGAGCGAUAAAACAGAUACAAAUAGUUUCCAUCAUUUUUCUAGAUCUUUCCAUUGUUUUCAUUCGUCUUCAACUUCUGAUUUAUCGGCUAUGGCUGCGAAGGUUUUGAAAGAGACGAAGUCGAUGACGGCAGCGGAGAUGGUGGCGGAAACGGCGGAGGCGGCUGUGACGUCUGUGAAGUGCUGCUGCUGCGCGUUGGUGGAGGAGUGUACGCAGGCGUACAUUGGGCGCGUGAAGGAGAGGUACGGUGGGCGUUGGAUUUGUGGGCUGUGUUCGGAGGCAGUGAAAGAAGAGAGGGAGAGAGAGAAAAUCAUGAUUACAACAGACGAAGCUCUGAAACGUCACAUGAGGUUCUGCCAACAGUUCAGAUCAUCAACUCCUCCCGACAGCACGAAUGAGGAUUUCAUCCUCGCCGUCAAACAGAUUCUGUUCCGAACUUUGGAUUCUCCGAGGAAAGACCGUUUCAUUUGUCGACCACUUGGAAGAUCUCAAAGCUGCUUCUCAACCAUGCAAGGAACGCAGCAGGCAGAGAGGGAAUGAUCACUCCUCUUAUCCUACUCCAGCAAUAAAAGGAUUCAUGAAUCACAUAUUCAUUCAAGCAAAACUUAGAUAUAUGACUGUAAUGUUUUUCUAUUAUGUGAGAGUUGAAGUUUUAUUUCCUUAAUUCAAAAGGAUAGAACUUCAGUGUUGAUGAAAGAAUGAUAUUUCAGGGAACUGUAUCUAAGUUUUUUGUUGUAUAAAUAAAAUUGAGACUUGGUAGUUAU